GUUUGGAGCAAGACUAGAACUAGGUUCAAGCUGAGCUCUUUCAGCUCCCCCGGUGAGUGUGGAGGUUCAGUUCUGCACCGGGGCCCUCCUGACCUCAGGGAUGGCAGGAAGUGGAAUGCUGACUGGCCUCAACUAGCACUGCUUAGUUCAAUCUCUCUCUUUUGGUUUCAUUUUGUGGCUUUUUGUUUUCGUUUUUGUUUUUGUUUUUUUGCCAAGCCCAUGGCAUGUAGAAUUUCUGGGCCAGGGAUCAAACUCAAGCCGCAGCAGUGACAUCAAGAGAAUCCUUAAUUUGCUGAGCCACAAGAGUCUCUUUGAUGAGAGUGGAGUGGAGACACAACUCCCUGACAGACCCUACCCCAGCAGGGGAGUCAGAGCACCACUACCUUCUUCUGCAGAAUGGUGAGAUGGGGUGGGUAAUCAGCUUCCGGCUCACCUCGCUGAAACUGUGUUGGAGUUUGGCUGGAGAACGAUUAAGAAAAAAGACAAUCGUAUCGAUGGAUAUAAAAAGGGCAUUUGAAAAAUAUCCCGCAGCAAUUCUCAAAAUUUCAUAGAAAGCUACCGAAAAAUCAGAAAAGAUCAUAGUCUCAAAACCACCAGGAAGCAUACAGCUAAAAGGACAAGGAAGAGCUCAUCAUUACGUCAUUCGUUGCAGAUACGAAAAUAUUCUGACCUUGUGUUCUGCCUUGGCUUCAGCCAGAUGCCCACAAAAAUAUGAGGAUUCAAGACUGGGCCACUUCAGGAUUCAUGGCAGUCAGGGUAUGUUCUAGGAGAGACCUGCAACCAGCUUGGCUUCUCCCCCCUCUUCUCAUGCUGUGGUAUCCGCCAAGAGAUAAGAACCACGGGCACAUCUGCGUUUUUCCAGAGGGCCCCUCAGCUUCUCUGAACGUUAUGACACAGAUCCACUGAGUACAGAUCCAAAGACCCCUCCUCCAGGAAGCCUGCCCAGAGAAACUUCCCUACGCGAGCUCUCCAACACCUGCGAGACAGCGCCCCUGCUCCGCAAAUGUGAGUUUAGAGACGUUUCAUCCUCCGUACGGAAUGGACACUCCUCCAACAUGGCGGACCCCAUAGGGAAGCACAACAUGGGCGCGGCCAUGUUCGGCGCUUGAUAGCGCAGCCGAGGGCCACCGAAGGCCCCCCCUAAACACAGACUCCGUAACAUCCCCAUGUUGACGCUUGGCUGACCGCGGCUUCGAAUGUGGUUUUGCGCGUGCGCAGGACCACGCCCCUUCGUGCGAAGUCCCAAACCCGGAGAAGGGGCGGUGCUAGGGGUGGUGACCGGAAGCAACUGCGGUUCUCAGCCGAGGUUUAGUAGUUGUUGUCAAGAGGAUCUCGGUGCUGUGUACCGGAGGGAUGCGGAGGUGAUGGGGACUUGGGGAGGGUUUCUUGGCGUCUCUGUGGAGCCCCUGGGCCAGACCCUGUAGUCAAGGCUGCAGGAUCUUCCUUCUGGCCCCAGCAGCUCUGGUGAGUCCACCAACUCUCCCGGCCUUGGGCUCCAGGGAAGAAAGGAGUCUUCUGCAAGAAAGCCCAAGCACUGAGGCCCAGCAAGAAGAUGCCAGCCCACCGGAGCUCUCAUGGGCCUUCCCUGGCCCUAACUACGGGGGCACCUGACAGCUCCUGCGAGGUGUCAGUGUCAUUCGAGGACGUGACCGUGGACUUCAGCAGGGAGGAGUGGCAGCACUUGGACCCUGCUCAGAGGCGCCUGUACCAGGACGUGAUGCUGGAGAACUACAGCCACCUCCUGUCGCUGGGGUAUGAAAUUCCCAAACCAGAGGUCAUCUUGAAGUUGGAGCAAGGAGAGGAGCCUUGGAUGUUGGAGAGAGAUACCCCACAUCGGCGCUGUUCAGAUGGAAAGUUUGGGAUUAAAACCUCACAAAAAAGAAUUUCUGGAAAGGUUUCAUUUCAUAGUGAAGUAGAGGGUGAAGAUACAAGAGAUGAUUCAUUGUAUUCCAUUUUAGAAGAGCUGUGGCAAGAUACUGAACAGAUAAAAAGCUAUCAGGAAAAACAGAACAAGCCUCUGGGUCAUACUGCUUUCAUUAAUAAGAAAAUAUUGAACACAGAGUGGGAUUAUGAGUAUAAAGACAGUGGAAAAUUUGUUCAUCCAGGCCCAAAUUGUAUUCCUUCACAGAAAAGACUCCAUAAACGUGACUCAUUUGGAAAGAAUUUAAAGCAUAAUUUAGACUUACAAAUUCAUAGUAAAAGCAAUGCAACAAAGAACUUUGAUAAAAUUAUUGGACAUGAUCAAGUUUUCACCCAGAGUUCCUCUUUUACUAACCAUGAAAAUACACAGACAGCAGUGAAAUUCUGUGACAGCAAUCAGUGUGGAAAAGUCUUCAGCCUCAAACAAGCACUCAGUCACAAUCUGAAAUUUCCCGUUGGGGAGAAAUCAAAUAUGUGUACUGAAUUUGGGAAGAUCUUCACCCAAAGGUCACACCUCUUUGCAUCUCAAAGAAUCCAUACUAUGGAAAAACCUCAUGAACUUAGUAAAUGUGUAAAUGUUUUUACACAGAAGCCACUACUCAGUAUUUAUUUGAGAGUUCAUAGAGAUGAAAAACUAUAUAUAUGUUCUGAAUGUGGGAAGGCAUUCAUCCAGAAUUCAGAAUUAAUUAUGCAUGAGAAAAUUCAUACUAGAGAAAAACCCUAUAAAUGUAGUGAAUGUGGAAAAUCAUUUUUCCAAGUAUCAUCUCUACUUAGGCAUCAGACAACCCAUACUGGAGAAAAACUUUAUGAAUGCAGUGAAUGUGGGAAAGGCUUCUCCCUGAACUCAGCCCUCAAUGUGCACCAGAAAAUUCAUACUGGAGAAAGACACCACAAGUGCAGUGAGUGUGGGAAGGCCUUUACGCAAAAGUCAACACUCAGAAUGCAUCAGAGAAUUCAUACAGGAGAGAGAUCCUACAUAUGUACUGAGUGUGGGCAGGCCUUCAUCCAAAAGGCACACUUGAUUGCACAUCAAAGAAUUCAUACUGGAGAGAAGCCUUAUGAAUGCAGUGACUGUGGGAAGUCUUUCCCAUCUAAGUCACAACUCCAGAUGCAUAAGCGAAUUCACACAGGAGAGAAACCCUAUAUAUGUACCGACUGUGGGAAGGCCUUCACCAACAGAUCAAAUCUCAAUACUCACCAGAAAUCUCACACCGGAGAGAAGUCCUAUAUAUGUGCUGAAUGUGGGAAGGCCUUCACAGACAGGUCAAAUUUCAAUAAACAUCAGACGAUUCAUACUGGAGAGAAACCCUAUGUUUGUGCUGAUUGUGGAAGGGCCUUCAUCCAGAAGUCAGAGUUAAUUACACAUCAGAGAAUUCAUACUACAGAGAAGCCUUAUAAGUGCUCUGACUGUGAGAAAUCCUUCUCCAAGAAACCCCAUCUCAAAGUACAUCAGCGAAUUCACACAGGAGAGAAACCAUAUAUAUGUGCAGAAUGUGGGAAAGCCUUCACUGACAGGUCAAAUUUCAAUAAGCAUCAGACAAUUCAUACUGGAGAUAAACCCUAUAAGUGUAGUGACUGUGGAAAGGGCUUCACUCAGAAAUCAGUUCUGAGUAUGCAUCGCAAUAUUCAUACAUGAAAGUUAUCCUGCUUCUUAAAAAUGAGAAAGCCUUAUCAUAGAAAUCAGAUUUCUGUGUAUUAUAAAAUUCAACCAAGACAGAUCCUAUAUGAGUACAUUGCAUAAUACAAAGCAUUCAUUAGGCUCUUUCACCUGAGAUGAGAAAAAUUAUUCAGAAGAGACCCUCUAUGAAUGCAUUGAAUGAAGGGAAAUUUCCAUGUUUGGAUGGCCUCACAAAAUAUAAUAGAAUUCAUACUGGGAAAAAUGCUGUCAGUUUGAUGCAUUAGGAAAAGCCUUCCUGUAGAAAGUAUUAUAAAGCAAGUUGUUACCAAAUGCUUUAUAGAUUGAGCAUGCAAAAUUAUAUAAAUGACAGUAAGGUUCACUGUGUUAUAGUAAGCGUUUUAAAGUGACAACAAAGCAAAAGGCAGAACCACAAAAUGAUAUAUUUGAUGUGCAAGACUUGCUCUGUUUGUAGUCAAACCCAUUGCACAAUGGGAGGAAUCACUGAAUUGAAAUUCUUUUUUUGGAGUUAAUGUAAUUAUGUCUAUCAAAUAUGUUUCCAACUGAAUAUUUCACUUAUGUGAAUCCACAGUUUCAAGGUCAUUAUUGUUUUAUAUAUACACAUAUCUGCAUAUAUAAUUUUACACGAAUGCAUAAGUAUAAUCCUGUCAUUUAUACUAGGUUCCAUGACAUAUUUUUAUCUUCUUUCAUUGUGGUACAAUGCAAAACAGCCACAGAUCUCUCCCAUCCCCUUAUGCACACCCCUGUGUAAUAUUACUCUGUUGUUUCUCUUAUUAAGAAGUGGAGCUCUCUCUCUACUCCUUGACUCUGAGCUUGGCCAUGUGACUUGCUUUGGCCAACAUACAUUAGCAAAGAAAUUCGAGAAGAUGCUGGAGAAGUGUGAAAAGCCUACCUUGAGGCUUACCCUCUCUUGCUGCUCUUUGGAAUUCUGAGACCUUCAUUUGAAGAGGCUCAGAUUACUGGGGGAUGAGAAACCACGUGGAGCAGAGAUGAUCCAGCCCAGCAGAGGCCCCUUAGACCACAUGCCAGACCUAGAAGUGAGCCUUCCUCGACCUCCAGCCUCAGCCACACCAGCCCACACCAGAAGAGCCAUGCCAUUUAUCCCAGCCAACCUGGAGAAUAAUGAGAUAAAUAAAAUGACUCUUGCUUUAAGCUACUAAGUUUUGGGGUAGUCUGUUGCACAGCAAAUGCUCAGUAAUACCUAAAAGUGUAUGCCUGUUGAGGGUGUUGUAUCAAAACAUAAGACAUGUGGCAUUAGCUUUGGGCCUGGGCCUCAGGUGGAGACUGGAAAAACAAUGAGGAAAUCCAUAAGAAAGUCUGAAAAAGACGGCAGUCCAUGUUGUUUAGUAAGGAAAAAAAUAGCAAAACAGUCACCACGCUCUGUGGAAAGACAGAGAAUGUACCAAAUGAACUUACGGAUCUGGCUAAGGAAAUUUUCAGCAGAAGAUUGGAAGUAUCAGUGUGCUGCUUUUAGCUGCAUAUAAUACACAGAAAGAAAAAUAUGAAGUAAUAACUGUUCCAUUUUGCAAGCAGAAUCCAGAAGAAAUUUAAAAAAAAAAAAAAAAAGCCAGAACUUGGCUGGGUUGGAAAAUAUCUGCUUCACAUUUCCAGUCUCUCCAGCCAUCAAAAUAUUCUCAAGGUGGGAAAAAAAUGGCCCCAAGGUAGAGAUCAAAUUGUAGAUGUGGCUGUAAGACCCUUUGUUAAAAUGUGUGAGAUAUUUAAGUUGGUGUUUGGGAAACCCGCUCAGCUAAGCUAAAGGACUUCUAAAAACUUCGCAAUAUUUCCCCGGUAGUCUGACACCUUGCUCAAAGUCAAGAGGGGCCUGUCUGAAAAAGAAUUGUUGAUGAUGUCGCCUUUGGGACAUGGAGUAAAUCCAAGCCAGAAUCAUAGACAACCUGUACCAUUUUUAAUAGAGUUUUAGUAGCAAAACUACCUCCAGGUUGGACUUCAAGGGAGUGAAACAGGCCCAAAUGAAAAGUGGCCUCUGGACUCCCUAACUUCUGUGAACAGGAAGCAAGCUGAGAAGGUUGCUCAGCUGCAAACAUGGGCCAUUUCUUAUGGGAAAAGAAGGCCGUCUCAGAGAGAAGACCCAAGAACAAUGUAUUAAAAUGGAUUGGGAAGCCAUUCCCAGGUAGAACUGUGACCUAAGCAAGAAACAUGAUUUGCCCCUGAAGCAGGGAGACCUGACAACCUUUGCUGUGUUGGGAUUUCGGAAUUAUUAUGGAACAGUGGGUGAGAUGUGCCUCUUGCUCCUCCCCUUUUUGAAUGGGAGUAUCUAUUGCAGUUAUCCUAUCCCCAUCUCACUCUUGUAUUUGUGUGUGUGUGUGUUGGGGGAGGUGGUCACAUAACUUCUCAUUUAGCUCACAGGUCUCUGGAUCAAGAAACUGAGAAACUGUACCCAAGGAGCCUCAGCCAUAUCUGAACCUGAUACAGAAGACUUAAGAUUUUGGACUUGAGCCUGAUGCCAUAACUUGGGAUAGACAUUUUGAGGUCUUGGAAUGGGGGGGUGAACAUAUUUUGCAUGGUAUGAUAAUGUAAAUAAUUUAUGAGCAGAAGAGAGACCGUGUUAGGUAGAAAAUGCUAUGAAUCUCCAUCCCUAUAUGUAUGCCUGCUUUCAAUCACAAUUUCUCUUUGUGUUUCAGUUGGGAUCAAUUCUAUUGAUCCAGUGAACUGUCUUCAAGUUCACUGAUUUUAACCCCUGUUCUGGCCCUGUCACGUCUACUGAUGAACCCAUUGAAAGCAUGCUUCAUCUCAGUUAACAUUUUCUUUUUAUUUCUAGUAUUUCCCCUUGAAUCUUAGAGUUUUCAUCUCUCUGCUGAAAUUCCCCAUCUGUUCAUACCUGUUACGUUUUCCACCACCAUCUUUAACAGGUGGAUCAGUGGAGUCUGGAUCUGUUGAUUGCUUUGUCUCGUGACAGUGAAGGUUUUUUUCUCGUGCUGUUUUGCAUCAGAUUUUUGGCUGAAUGUCAGAUGUUAUAUGUAGGAGAAUAGAAACUGGGGUGAGUAUUUAUUCCUGGGAAUAGACGCGGCUGCCUUCCUUCCAGGUCAUUAGCAUAGGGGACUUGUGGCCCUCUAGUCAGGAUUUGGCCUGAGUUUAGGUUUCGCUGUUCUCUUUACCUGCAGUGUGCCAAUGACUUCACAUUUCUCUAGUGUUUCCUUGGGCUUAGGGUAGGCACUGGUUGUCCAGACAAUUUUUCUCAAUAUUCCUGCACCACCUUUGCCUUCAGUCCUUUCCUGUGUGCCUGUGUCUUAGGCUCUCUCUUCAUACUCUUGCCCCACCCUUCAUCAUAGAUGUCAAUUAUUACCUGAGUCGUGGUGAUCUGAUGAAUGGGGAGGCAGGAGUUGGCCUGAGCCAGCCUCAGUCUUAGGCAGGCCCUGAAUACCUGGGUCUUGAGGGUGAAGCUUUUUCAGGGAUUCCACCCUCCCCAUUGGUAUAAGGCCUUUAAUGGUCUGGGCCUAGCAUGGUUUCCUGGCCUUCCCCCAUGAGUGGAAGGGUUUUUUUCCCUUUCCCCUUCCUCUGCGGGCAACAGGUUUUGAUGCACUUCCCCCAGGGACUUCAGGCUUUUGUUCUGUAAGGGAGUAGGAUCUCAUCAGGGCUCUGUGUCAUUUCUGUAUCAGCAGCUGUCCCCUUGCAGGCCCACAGCACUGACAGAGACUUUCUCCAGUCUCCCACCCUACCCCAUGCUUCUUGCAAGCAUUCAGUGGAGGUCUAUGGAGAAGAACCUGCAAGUGGGGGCCAACUACCCUUAGGUCUCCAGCUCUCAGAGGUCCUAUAUUCUCACACUGUCCCAUACUCAGCCUUCAGAAACGUAUUUUAAAAAAAAAUUUUUUUUUUGCUUUUUAGGGCUGCCCCCACAUCAUAUGGGGGUUCCCACACCAGGGGUCAAAUCAGAGCUACAGCUGCAGGCCUACGCCACAGCCAUAGCAACACAGGAUCCGAGCCGCAUCUGCGAUCUACACCGCAGCUCAUGGAAACAAUGGAUCCUCAACCCACUGAACAAGGCCAGGGAUCAAACCUGCAUCCUCAUGGAUCCUAGUCGGGUUCGUUAACCGCUGAGCCACGAAGGGAACUCCUAGAAAUGUAUUUGAAAUUCUUGCUGAAUUCUUACUGCUGGUAUGGUGGACCCACCUCCCUCCCUGCUCUGCCAUAGGUGACUUCCUGUCUCCUUGAGGCAUUUGCGUUAUGUAUCAGGCUAGUUAGUUGCUCCAUGAAAUUCGCUCUCUGAUGAAUUCAGGAAAAGUUAUGAUUUUGUAGAUUACCUAUAUUUUUUCUGAUUAUAAGAAUGGGGAGUUCCCAUUGUGGCUCAGUGAGAACCUAGCAUGGUCUCUGUGAGGUUUCGGGUUCGAUCCCUGGUCUCACUUAGUGGGUUAAGGAUCUGGUGUUGCCACAAGCUGCAGCAUAGGUCACAGAUGAGGCUUGGAUCCCAUGUUGCUGUGGCUGUGGUAUAGGCCUGCAGUUGCAGCUCCAAUUCGACCCCUAGCCUGGGAACUUUCAGGCUGCCCCCAGGUGCCGCCAUUAAAAAAAAAAAAAAAAAAAAAAGAAUGGGAGAUAAGCUCUUUCCAGAGCAGUGAUGGAGCAGAGAUGCGCCAUCCCAGUUGAGGUGCCCUAGACCAACUAGAUUUUAUCUGCUAGACAUGUGAAUGAAGCCAUUCUGUCCAUCUUACCAUGGUCAUGUUCACUGUGGUCAGCAGCCCCUGAGAUGACCCUGCAUGAUUCAUACCCUUGUGUCAUUCCAUUCCCUUUAGUUGGGGCUGGAUUUAGUGGCUUGAUUCCAGUGAAUAGAAUGAGGCAGAGGUCAUGGGAUUGUCACUUUCAAGAUUAUAGAAAGACUGCGGCUUCCAUUUUGGAUGCUCUCUCACUCUCAUGAGAUAGCCCUAUGGAGAGACCCACUUGAGUGAGUUUGGGAGCAUAUUCUCCUGGUCCAGCCUCCUGAUGAGACCAUAGGCCCAGCUGACUGCAUCCCCAUGAGAAACCUUGAGGCAGAAGCACCUUUCUGAGCCUCAGCUGAAUUCCUGAUCCACAGAAACCAUGAGAUAAUAAAUGUUUGUUGUUUUGAGCUGCGAAAUUUUAGGUAAUUUGUCACAUAAUAAUAGGUUAGUAACAUACUGGCCCAGACUAGAAAAGCUCUGCCAGCCAUCCCAGACAACUUACAGAACCAUGGAUGAAAAUGUAGAUUUUUAAGCCACUAAAUUUUGAAUGUUACCCAGGAAAAACUUAAUACAUUUUUAAAAAUUUUUUAUCUUUUUAGUGCCACACCCGUGGCAUAUGGAGGUUCCCAGGCUAGAGGUCCAAUCGGGGCUGUAGCCACUAGGCCUACACCGAAAGCCACAGCAAUGCCAGAUCUGAGCCAUGUCUGCAACCUGCAUCCUCAUGGAUACUAGUCAGAUUCGUUUCCGCCGAGCCACGACGGGAACUCCAUAAUACAUUUAUUAUUUACUGAAUUUCCUCCACUGUUUAUCCCCAAUGGAUAACCAAUACAAGUUAACUACUCUGAGCACUUUCUUGUUUUAAUCUGUGCUCAUGGUCAUAUAUAGACAUACAUAUGUUACAUGCCUAUAUAAGGAUUGUUUUUGUCCUUGAUUUUCAAAUACGGGAUCAUGUCACACAGACAUCUCUGCUCCUUGCUUUAUUACUCAACAGUAACCCUUUUGAAUGGUUGCAUGAUAGUUCAUGGGGUGGGUAUGCAAGAAUUUUUCAAUCAUCUGCAUAUUAAUAUUUAUUUAUACACCCCCCGUUUCAACUUUUUUGUCACUAGGAGCGAUGCUGUUCAAAACAUCAAGAGGCACUUUGCAGAGUGGUUAGGUAGAGAGGCUCAGGGACCAGUGGGCCAGGGUUUCAAUCCUGGCUCCACCUCUUGGCUUCUCCGUGACCUUGGACAGAUUAGUUAACCUCUCUGCCCUGAUUUCUUCAGCUGUAAAGGAUGUUUGCAUUCAUAGCGAUCUCAUAGGUGUGGCAUGAGAAGUACAGAAACUUCCUAGGGCUGCUAUAAUAAAGUCCCACACACUGAGCAGCUUAAAACAACAGAAAUGUAUGGUCUCAGAGUUCUCGAGGCCAGGAGUUUGAAGUCAAAGUUUUAGCAGGGCUGCAGUUCCUCUGAAGGCGCUGGAGAAGGAAUUGUUGCAUGCCUCUCUCCUAGUUUCUGUUGGUCUCGGGCAUUCCUUGGCUUAUGGGCGCAUCGCGCCAGUCCCACAACCAUUUUCUUCCAGUGUGUCUUCAUGUCACGUUCCCUCUGCGUGUCUGUCUCUGUGUCUAAUUUUCCCUUUGUUUCUUUUUUUAUAAGGAUACCAGUCACAUUGGAUUAGGCCCACCCUUGUGGCCUCAUUUUAACCUGAUUACUUCUGUAAAGACUCUGCUUCCAAAUAAGUGCAUAUUCCAAGGUUCUGGAGGUCAGGAUUUCAACAUGUCUUUGGGGGGAGGGUACACAGUUACUCCUAAGAGGAAGUUAAUGCACUUAUAUGUAGAAAGCACUUCAAACUAUGCAUGGGGAGAAGUUCCUGAUGAAUACUAGAUAUGCCCCACUUCCUGAGCCUGCCCCUACCUUUCUCGAUGCUUGGGCGGGAUUUGCAAGCUUAUCUGUGGUAUUUUAGUCUCAUCCAACUACCUAAAGACAAUGUAUGGAGUAACCAGAAAAGCAAAUCUAGGAGCAAGACUUUUACUAUCAGCAUCUGAGGACCGGGCCAAGAAGGAUUCAUCCUUAGAGGAUAAUGGGAAGAAGCAGCCCGAGAGGUGAAGACAUAACAGGUAAGCAAGGGGCUCACAGAGGACAGAGUGUUUUCCAAGGAGUAUCUCAGGGGAGGGACUGUCCAGACUAGAGGUCAGGUCACAUGUGAAUGGAAAACUGGUUCUUGGAUUUUGUGACAAGGGGGCCGUUAUUAACUUUGGUGACUGUAUUUUAGAAGUGAAUUUUUGCUUUUGCUUUUUUUUUUUUUUUUUUUUUUUUUUUUGCUUUUUAGGGCUACAUUCACAGCAUAUGGAGUUUCCCAGGCUAGGGGUCGAGUCAGAGCUCCAGCUGCCAGCCUACACCACAGCCACAGCAACGCAGGAUCUGAACCACAUCAGCAACCUACAGCAUAGCUCACAGCAACGCCGGAUCCUUAACCCACUGAGGGAGGCCAAGGAUGGAACCCAGAUCCUCAUGGAUUCUAGUCAGUUCUUAACCUGCUGAGCCACAAUGGGAGCUCCUAGAAGUGAAUUUAACUAAACAAAACACCUGAGCAGAUUUGAAGGAAUUUCUGAACUCAUGUGAGGUUACUUCACCUCGAAACUUUUCCAAUAGGAGUUCCUGCUGUAACACAUGGGAUUGGCAGUGUCCCUUCGGCACCAGGACGCAGGUCCUCUCUCCAGCCCGGCACAGUGGAUUAAAGGAUCUGGCAUUGCUGCAGCUGUGGUGUAGAUGGAAACUGCAGCUUGGGUCUGAUCCUUGGCCCAGGAACUCCAUAUGCCACAGGGCAGCCACAAAAGCAAAGCUUUUCCAAUAGAAAAAAAUGUAUAUAUAUACAUACAUGUGUGUAUAUAUAUGUAUGUGUGUGUGUAUAUAUGUGUGCGUGUGUAUAUAUAUACACACGCACACAUAUAUAUGGUUAUUGGGCUGCAUUGCUCGGCUAUUGUCUAGGUUAUACUGAGAAAUGCGUUUUCAAGAAUCCCUUGUGACUCCAGGUUAGAGUUCGCCAAAAGUAGAAAUGGCAUGAGAUUUGGGAAGUCACAGUGAAGGAGCAACCAUUGCUCCAAAAGGUUGAGAUGCGAUGCAGGGAAGGACAGAACCAGAGAUACUCGGAAGGUCUUCAUUUUCCCUCUCUUCCACUCUGUGUUUAGCCCUUUCUGUCUCCCAGCCCUGCUAACCAACGGUGGCCCCAGGCCUGCCACUGGAUGCCUGGCUACAGCCUGCAAAGGCAACAGCUCUUCACAGGCUUCUCCAUCAGCUCCCCCUUCAUGGUCUCACAUAAGCAGCCGGAUGUGCUUCUCAGGUUUUCUUGCAAGCGCUGACCUAUGCACCCAUGCCAGUGUUUCAAAAGGGCUGGUUUAGUGACUUCUCUAAUCUUCCAACUUCCCCUUGCAUACCUUUACUUCCUCAGCCACUCCCCCAAUGGUGCAUGAUCUAAUUCAUAAGAAAAAUUCCUUAUUCUGUAACACACACCACAAAUCCACUUCCCCAAUUGAACCCUGAUUGUAAAGUUACACUUUCUUUUCCUAAGAACUUGGUGAACAUUGCGCUUAUAACAUCGUGUGGUGCCAUUGAGAAGUCUUGAAAUUAACCUGCUCUCUCUUUUUCUUAGACAUUUCUGCCACACGAUUCUUUUUUUAUGCUUGAAGUGGAGGCUCUUUAGAAGCAUACGCCUUAGUCUUGAUUUUUGUACACUAAUUUUAACUGAGUUGCUGUUGCAAUCCUGAUGCUUUUUAUUUCAGGGAAGUUUUAUUUUGCGUAACUUUUUUCUGAUCUGUUUCUUCUCUUCUUCAGGGACAUCAGUUAUGCAUAUGUAAAGUGUCUUUGUCAUCUCCAUCCAUUUCAUAGCACUCUGCAUUCAUUUCCUAUCAUUAUUCUUUUUGGUUGUGUGCAAUUGGCUCUAGCCUCCUGUUCAGAGAUAAUUCUCCAUGAAUCUCCUGUUUCUUUUUUUGUGGAAUUUCCAUAUUUUUAAAUUAGAGUAUAGUUGACUUACAGUGUUGUGUUAAUUUCUGCUGUACAUCAAAGUGACCCAGAUAUAUAUGGGUUAUAUAUAUGUAUAUAUAUACACAUUCUUUUUCUUAUACUAUCUUGCAUCAUGUUCUAGUCCGAGAGAUUGGAUAUAGUUCCCUGUUUCUUAAUGUCUUGACAUUAACAGCCAGUGUGCUCAGAUUUAUUUAUAUUUCAGGACAGUAAAGAUAGAGAAUGUCUCCCUCCUUGGAGAUGUUUCUAGAAAAGAUUGGCUUACUUUCUAGGACAAUAAAGAUAACGUCUCUCUUCCUAAUGCAACAAAUCAGUGUAACGAUAUUGUAUUUUCCCCACAUUUUAAUUAUGUCAUUUUUCAAUCACGUGGAAACAUUGAAGGAACUGUACAAUGAACACAUAACUUUCAUCUGGAUUCAACAAUGUAUAUGUAAAUUUUUUCCUGAAUAAUUGAUGGCAGGUUAUAGACAUUAUAACAUCACACUCAGUUCCCAUCGUGGCUCAGUGGUUAACGAACCCGACUAACAUCCAUGAGGUUGCAGGUUCAAUCCCUGGCCUUGCUCAGUGGGUUAAGGAUCCAGCGUUGCCGUGAGCUGUGGUGUAGGUCGCAGACGCAACUUGGAUCCCGCGUUGCUGUGGCUGUGGCUGUGCCUGGCAGCUAUAGCACCAAUUCAACCCCUAGCUGGGGAGCCUCCAUAUGCUGUGGGUGCGGGCCUGAAAAGACAAAAAAAAAAAAAAUACAAAAAAACCCCAUUACACUCAAAUACUUGAGCAUCCAUCUCCUACAAAUAAGGACAUUCUCCCCCAUAAUUGGAUUAUCAUUAUCAACCUGAUUCUCAAGUGAUAUCUAAUAUGGUAUCUCAUUAUCAGUCCAUUUUCAAAUUUCUCUCAUUGUCUCCAAAAUAUAUUUUAUGACUUUAUUGAGAUGUAAUAGCAAAUAGUAAAUAGAACUUGUUUAACGUGUACAAUUUGAUGAGUUUUGAUAUAUGUAUAUACCUUUAAAACCAUCACUACAGUAAAAAUAAUGAAUAUAUCCAUUACCCCAAAAGUUUCCUUAUGCCCCUUUGUCACCCAGCCCUCCCUCCCCACACCCUUCCCCCCAUCCACAGGCAAUCUGUUUUCUGUCAUUACAAAUUAGUUUGCCUUUUCUAUGAUUUUAUAUAAACGGAAUCAUACUGUAGGCAUUUGCAUUUUGUUUGGCUUCUUUUGUUCAGCAUAAUUAUUUCGUGAUUCAUUUUUGCUGUUAACAUGUAUCUCUAUUAAUUACUCUUUACUGCUAGGUGGUAUUUCAUUGUAUAGAUGUACCAAAUUUGUGUAUCCAUUCAUGUGUUGAUAAAAAUCUGUGUUGUUUCUGGUUUUGGGCUAUUACAAUAAAACUGAUAUGAACAUUUGAAUACAA